AUGGCUAUGACAGCUAACAAUGUGCAUAUAAUCACAUUAAUCCACUCUUGAUCCCUUUAUCACCUAUGCAUCAGUAAGACUAAUCAUGAGGAGAAGAGUGGUGUGCCUAUCCCAGCAAAGCAAAUGUCAUGGGGUGAUGUGAACCACACACAGCUGCUGCCACUCCAUCCAUAUCACUAUUAUCAUCAUGUAUCAAAUGGUAAAAGUAAUGUUCAUGUAAAGAAAGACAGAGGUGGCACAGAGAGCACCAUUAUGUCUAGUGGGUAUAUGCAGAGUGAUAAGUGGCAACCUUCAGUGGUAACAAAAAGAAGAGGGCAAGAAACAGGCCGUGGGGAAAGGCCACAAGACAUUUCCUCCACAAAACAAAAAGAGGCAAAUAAAAGCUGGAUGGCUCAAGUGCUAAUUACAAUGACAAAAACAAUCAAGCUGGAACAAAGACAAAAGCUGAUAAAAGUGAUAAGAGAUUAGCCAAGAAAAGAAUGUGAAUGCAGAAGUUGCUCCCUAAGGUAUGCUUUUUGUCAAUUACUGAUACCAUAACUAAACAGUUUUCCUAAGAUGCAAGACUGUACAUACUACCAGAGCCUGGAGCUGACUUUUUAUCCUGUUGACCAACUCACUAGUGACCCCCAUCUCUAACUCAGAUAAUUUUCAUUCACUGGUAUACAGUUGUAUGCAAAAUUUGCAAGUGACAGUUCAUGCAUUAAGUAAAUUACUCAAUGUUUGAGCAAAAUUGAAACUAGCUUCCUUACUAAAUUCAACAUCAUAAUAAAACAAUUUGGUCCCUUCAAUUGUAGUGGACAAACUUGUCAGAAAUACACAAUUUGUUCAUUAGCUGUUCAAUGUGGCUAACGAAAAAAUUACAAAAAUUAUCUGUGAACAAGGAGCUUUUCCUUGUCACUUACUAUUUUUAAAUAGUAAGUGACAAUAUUAAGUAUUAUUAUAAUAGUAAGUUAAUAAAUAGGUAGUCAGGCUUGGUGAAUUUUACAAGUGUAACAGCUGUAUUAAUAUGGCCGACUUACUGUAAUUACAGGAAAAGGAAAGUGGAAAGGGAGCAUGCCUGUGUGAGUCCUCAGCAAAAAGUUCAGAUUCAACACAAUCAUCAUCAAGAAGCUGGAGACUAUCAGGAUUUACUGUUAAGAAGGAAUCAAGUAUUGCAUUAG